AUGCCGCUGAUCGUCGUCGCCGGCGUGUCGGUGAACGAGAAGAAGUCGCUGACCUUCCCGCCGGACGGCCUGUCGCUGGCCUGGUAUGGCGAACUCUUCACCGAUCCGGGCUGGCGCGGCGCGCUGGUCGCCUCGCUCCUUCUGGCCGCUUUCGCCGCCGCGCUUGCGGUGAUCAUCGCCCUGCCGCUGGCCUAUUUUUUGUGGCGCCGCAUCGCGCCCUGGGCCAACAUCUUCCGGCUUCUGGGGGUUGCGCCCUUCAUCCUGCCGCCGGUGAUCACGGCCUUGGGCUUCCUAAGCUUCUGGGCGACGGCGGGCAUGUACGGCCAGCCGGUGACGGCGGUGAUCAGCCACGCCAUCUUCUUCGUGACGCUGCCGCUGGUGACGAUCUCACUGGGUUUCACCACCAUCGACCGCGCCCUGCUCGAAGCGGCGGCGACCAUGGGCGCCGACGACCGCACCAUCGUGCGCACCAUCAUCCUGCCGCUGAUCGUGCCCUACAUCAUUUCGGGCUAUGCGUUUGCGUUCGUUCUGUCGCUGAACGAAUACAUCAUCGCCUACAUGACGGUGGGGUUCACCGUCGAGACGCUGCCGAUCAAGGUCUUCAAUGCGCUGCGCUACGGAUACACGCCGACCAUGGCGUCGGCAUCGGUCGUCUUCGUGCUGCUGGCCGCACUGGUCUUCGGCCUGAUCGCCCGGUUUGGCGAUAUCCGCCGGCUUCUGGGCGCGAUGCGGUCGGAGGGCUGA